AUGGACGAAGAAAUUGAAAAAUUUCUUGGUUUGAACAUACGGAUAGGACUUGUGAAACUGGGAAAAUCAGCAAAUUAUUGGUCAACCAACCCACUCUACAAAAAUGAAGUGGCUUCUAAAACUAUAUCACAAAAUAGGUUUCAAUCACUACUUACAAAUAUCCAUUUUGCUGAUAAUGAAGCCAUACAACCUGAUAACAGGCUUGGAAAAAUUCAGACCUUGAUUGACAAAAUGCAAAGAAAAUUCCAGGAACUUUACACUCCAGAAGAAAGUAUUGUUAUUGAUGAAAGUCUUAUACCUUGGAGUGGAAGAUUGGUAUUUAGACACUAUAUUCCAGCCAAAGCAUACAAAUAUGGCAUAAAGGUUUUCAAGCUUUGCUCUUCUGAAGGUUAUGUAUGGUCAUUGCAAGGAUAUAGAGGAAAGAAUGCAUCAAGUGGUUGA